AUGGACGAUUUUAAUUUAAAAGCACGAGUUAAACAACAGGUGCAAAAAGAUCAUUUAGUUACUCGUGUACAAAGGAAAUUCCCCAAGGAUCAUGCCGACGUUGUAUUAGUUCGAACCGCGGGAGAUAGUGCUUUGCUAGACUGUAAUACAGAAGCCUAUAGAUUUGCGAAAGAGACGCUAGAGGAGAAGACAAUAAGUCUGUCUCAAAUUAAUUUACCUACUCGGAAGGUGUCAAUAUUCUGGCAGCUUGGAGGCAGAACUAUAGCCACUGGGAGCAAUUACGUGACUACUAAAGAAAGACGUAUUAUUUUACCGAUUAAGGAAUUGGUAGAUGAGGAGACGCAGUGGAUAUCAGGUCUGAAACGAACCUCUCCAGUAGUAGAAGGAACUAAGCUUCUCUUGUCUGGAUUGAAACCCCAUGAUACGGGGUUAUACACUUGUCAUAUCAAAAUAGGCAGUGAAGAAUGGUUGGCAACAUUCUAUUCCCUCAUUGUUCUAGGUCAACAGUUUUCCGCACCGGCGCAGAUGCCCUUCUACCUUCAUUCAAACAUUGGUGAGUGGAGUGCCUUCGAAAAGGGUCAAGUGCUAUGGUACGAUGCUGCAAGGAUUCAGUGGAACCUCAAUGGAGAACCCAUAUUCAACGAUCUUGCUAUCCGCCCCAAGGCGAGAAUUAGACUCAUUCCUCAUUUGAGGAAUGAGAUGCAGGGUCAUUGGGACUGCCAUUUGAUUGUACCAAGGCCAGACGCUCCUACCACUCAGGCUUCGAGGAACAUAAGCUUCUCUGGUUGGUUUUUGAUUAACUCUUUCUUCCUCCGUGUUACUUCCAGGCCUCCUAGUCUGUGGGAACUUGCAGCCCGACCUCCACGAGUUGCAAGGCUGCGAUUGGUGGCAUUAAUCGUGACAGUAGCCAGUUUGGGACUACUCGUAGCUUUGAUUUUAACGAUAUGGGCAGUGCAAAGAUGGGUGCAAAGAACGCCAAGGUUGGAUCAGUUGGAAAGUGCAGUGGAGGAGGUAAUUGAAGAUCGGACUCGUCUUUUUAUCGGAGCCCAACAAAAGGCACGGCAAAGGAGACGACUGCUAAUGCCGUUUGUGAGAGCAGAGAUGAAGGAAAUUGACAAAGUGCGGAUGAAACCACCACCAGAUGAAUCAACGUCGACGUUGUUGACUUCUCCCGGUAAUCAGCUGACCAUAGAUAGAGGAAUAAGCGAAAAUUUGCAAGUUUUAACACAACAGCUGGGUGAUAUUAACCAAGAGAAGGAGACGAAGGGAAUAAAGGGAUUCUUUCAGAAGCUAAAAUUGGAGAAACAAAGAAAUCAAGGAGACGAACCAAAAGCCAAGGAAGGAAACACUAGUGAGAGUGAUUUGUCGGCGUAA